ACGCCACGCCACGCCACGCCAGCGGGACGCGACGAGCGCGAAAGAGCGCGACGGGGAGAGAGUGGUGCGGUUCGCGGAGGCAGAAGGAGGAGCCGGGCCAGGGGACGGGGUCGAGCCGGGUGAGCGGCCAAGCUUGGCCGACCCGAGCAGGAUUCUGGAGGAUACCAAGGGGAGCCUUGGCCCGGUCCUGUUUCUGUUGACCUCCGUCUGAUGACAAGAACAGAGAGGAAGGAGCUGGUCUUAAUCACAGGCCACUGAGAGCAUCGACAGGGCCUUGUCCCUCCUCCUUCCCCAGGCCUGGAAGGCAGAGUUGGGCUAGCACCACUAGUUGGCCCAGGCUCCCAGAGGGGGCCACCCCUGCCAACGCCAGCAUGGCUGCGAAGAGACAAGCCAAGCGGCAGCCCCUCCUGCUCCUCCUGUUCAUCGCCGUCGCCUUCAUCCACCUUGCCGCCUGUCCCUACGCCAAGGUGGAGGAGAGCUUCAACCUUCAGGCCAUCCAUGACCUCCUCUAUCACCGCUGGGACCUGGACAAGUACGAUCAUCACGAGUUUCCGGGAGUCGUCCCAAGAACGUUUCUUGGGCCAAUCUUAAUCGCGGCUUUUUCCAGCCCUGCGAUCUGUGUGCUGUCCAUGUUGGAAAUGUCCAAAUUUUAUUCUCAGCUGAUAGUCAGAGGCGUCCUGGGGCUCGGUGUCAUCUAUGGACUCUGGAAACUGCAGAAGGAAGUGCGCCGGCAGCUGGGCGCCACCGUGGCCACCACCUUCUGCCUCAUCACGGCCUCCCAGUUCCACCUAAUGUUCUACUGCACGCGGACGCUGCCCAAUGUGUUUGCGCUGCCCAUAGUGCUGCUGGCCCUGACGGCCUGGAUGCAGCAGAAGCGCACACGCUUCAUCUGGCUCUCAGCGCUCGCCAUCAUCGUCUUCAGGUCCGAAUUGUGCAUCUUCCUUGGCCUCAUGCUGCUGCUGACCGUGUUAAGUAGAAAGGUCACGCUCGUGAAGGUGUUGUGCCACGCCGUUCCUGCUGGCAUCGUCUGCCUGGGACUGACGGUCGCUGUGGAUUCCAUGUUCUGGCGCCAUGUUUUAUGGCCAGAGGGCCAAGUGCUUUGGUACAAUACGAUUCUGAAUAAAAGUUCAGACUGGGGCACCUCGCCCUUCCUCUGGUACUUUUACUCGGCCCUACCCCGUGCUUUGGGCCUCAGCAUCCUCUUCGUGCCCCUGGGCCUGUGGGAUCGAAGGACCCGGCUGCUGCUGCUGCCGGCUGUGGGCUUCAUCUUCCUAUACUCCUUCCUCCCCCACAAGGAGCUGCGCUUCAUCAUGUAUACCUUCCCCGUCCUGAACAUUGUGGCCGCCAAAGGCUGUUCUCGCAUGUUAAACAAUUACAGGAAGUCUUGGCUGUACAAGCUUGGCUCCCUCCUGGUCGUGGCUCAUCUUCUGGUAAAUGCCACGUACUCGGCAACGUCGCUGUAUGUCUCCCACUUUAACUACCCUGGAGGGGUGGCCAUACAAAAGCUCCAUGAGUUGGUGCCCCCCAAAGCAGAUGUGGCGCUUCAUAUUGAUGUGGCCGCUGCGCAGACAGGCGUCUCUCGGUUUUUAGAGGUCAACGAUGACUGGAGGUAUGACAAGAGGGAAGGCCUGCAGCCUGGGGCAGGGCCCAUGAUGUCCUACACGCACCUGCUCCUGGAGAUGGACCCUGUGCGGCUGUCCCACUACCGGAACACGCACCGCGUGCUGGCCAACAUUGCGGGCACCACGGGCGUCAAGCUGAACCUCACCAAACUACCUCCCUUCGACCUGAACUUGAAAACCAAAUUGGUGCUUUUGGAGAGACUGCUCAGGCCCUCCUGAAGGCCAGCGGUGCCCAAAGUGCCGGCCCCUCCCCUGCUGACCCCUGUGGCCGUCUUUCAGUGAUGUGCAGACAGCGUGGUGGACAGGAACUCAGCUGAGCCCCGGAACGAUGCUGCUGGGCACAGGCCUCUUUUGCCCCCUCCCCGGGCAGGGCCUGCCCCCAUAUCCACAAUAAAACCUUCUCAGAAUAAUGCAGAGCCUCCAGCAGGGUCUUAGGGCCUGUGGCUCUCCCCCUGGGCAGCCCUCGGCCCAAGCAGGCCUGCCAGCAAUCCUGAGGGGCCUCUCCCUGCUCCUCCCCAACUCCCCGGUCAUGGGGGGCUCUGUGCUGAGGAGGCCUCGGCCCCAGGGAGCCGGAGCUUGGAGCCUGGUUCUGUCCUCACGAUGGGUGACCUCGCUGAGCACGACUUGGGACGUCAGCAGCCGGACUGAGCGGUGAAACCUAUACCAUGCCAAAGUAAAGGAAUUUUCUUA